AUGGGGCAUGCUGUACACCAGUUCAGGGCUCUGUUUUGGAAAAAUUGGCUCUGCCGUGUGAGGCAACCGGUCCUCUCUCUCACUGAAAUACUGUGGCCAUGUGCACUUUUCUUGAUUCUAGCUGCCAUCCGCUUCCAGGAGCCCCCAAAAUACAAGGAAAACUGUUACUUAGAAGCUCGUGAUUUACCAAGUCGGGGUCUUUAUCCUUUCAUGCAGACCCUUUUCUGUAAUGUUGGUUCAAGAUGUCGGAAUACCAGUUACACAACACAGAGACACAGCCGCUUUAGUACAAUCCCUCAAAGUGGUCCAGAGAGAGCCAUUGCACCUGAUUCAGACUUCAUGGAAGAGAUAGAAGAACUUGCAAAGGAAUUUAUUGUUACUACGGAGAAAGCCAUGGCCUUAGAAAAGCUAUGGGAAGAAAACUCAAGGGUCUCAGGGCUCCAUAACAUCACAACUUUUCUUACUAUGGAUUUGAAUGAAGCAGAGAAAAUUAUUUCUAGAGCAGAAAAUCUGUACAAGCAACCAUAUUUCUGGAACCUUCUGCAUUCACUCCCUCAUCUUGAAAUGAACAGCUUUUAUACAGAAGAUGAGUUAGCUUCCAUAACACAGUUUCUAAAAGUUAUUCAAAAUAUCUUAGCAUCACUGAAGGAUUUAGCUAUGACGCCACUGGGCCAAAGCUUCUAUGAAGUGGUGCAAAGGGCACUGAAUUUGACUGCUGCAUCAGUACAGGAUAGGAGCUCAAAAGGUUUUCAAUACAAUCUUUCUUUCGGGGAUGUUUUGUCGAAUCUGCUUGCUGUGAAAGCAGAACUUGAAUCUAGGUUUGGUUUUGAUGGCCCUCGUGUUGAGAAGCUGCUAAGUUAUACAGCCCAGUUAACAGAGAUUCCCACAGGAGAGACACUGGAGCAGUUUGUGUGCUCUGCUCUGGCUUUCGUCCCAGAAGAUGAAGCAAACAAAGAACAUAAUGGAGAGGGCUGUAAUUCUGCACAGCAUGAGGCCAAACUGUAUCUUGUUUCUGCAGUCAGCAAGUUCAAACUCUAUGCACAGAAUUAUGAUCUGAUUUUAAAUAUUAAGAGCAAUAACACUCUAUUAAAACUUCUUUAUGAGACUUCAAAAAGUAUGUCAUCUUCUCAAGUAUGGCAUGAUUUGCAAAAUAAGGAAAUAGUUUUUGACUUUCUUUUUGAAACUUUCAGUCUUCUCUGGAACCUCACCAGUAAGUCUCUCUGUGAAAAGUUACUAUUGAUUUACAACUACACAGUGUUUCAGGCAGAGUUCCUUGUACAGAAUGGAAAAGAAGAUGUACAAGUUGUUUACGACACUCUGAGCAGCCUUAAAUCUUUAUUUAUAGAUGAAGAGCUUCAAACAGCUGCCUUAUGUUAUUUGGAAGAGUUUUUUGACCUGUCUCCAGAAUGCCUGGUAAAUAACGUGUGUGCUGAUUUUUAUCUAGAAAAUAUGAGUUCUGUAGAACAUUCAGCAGAGAUUUAUAACUUAUUUCUGCUUCCAUUGAACAGUGUCCUGUCUAAUGUAAUAAACUGGGGAGAUAAGGUAAGUGUGCCUUCUGCUUUGCACUGCACUUUUACAUGGCUUCAAACAUGGACAGAGAUUUUUGAAGAAGCAUCCGAAAUCUUAAAUUUGAAUUCAACCUGUUUUGUCUGCCUAAGAGAUGAUUUGACAUAUCUCUCUGAAAACCUUUUAAACAUAACUCAGGAUGAACUGUGCAAUAAUACAGCUAUGGCUAUUGUUGAAGCUACAGGAACAGCAAUGAAGCUAUUAAAAUCUCUAUUUCAGGAACAUGGCAAUUUAAAUGACUUGAAAGAUUUUGAGGCUUUCCUUGUUAAUCUUCAAAGGGUAAUUAACAAUGCAUUUGAUGUCACAAACUUGCUUAAAGACCGGAGUUUAGAAAGUGUUUUAGAGACAAUGGGAGUUGCAAUAACUAAAAUGCAGAAAUCCAUACUGAAGAUUGUUAAUGAAGAGUUUUUGAAUUUAUGGCUUGAUGCUUUCAUCUCAGGAGGUGGUUCUGAUGUGAUUUGUGUAAGAGUUUAUUUCAAUAUCAUAGCAAAAACUUUGAAAUUUAUUCUCCCUGAAUUUUAUGUGAAAGAUGUCAUUAAUGUGCUUGAACUUAUUUUUAGACUUUUAAAUAAUUCUGGAGAGCAAAUACAAACUAUUGUCAGUGAUUUGUUUGGGAGCUCAUUGUAUAUGUCAAAUAAGACCCAUUUUAGUCAGUCAACCCGGGGUGGUUUUAACAGGACCUCAAGAAUGCUCCUUAAUCCUUUUCACCACAUUCAUCUUAUAUCAGUGGAACUUUUGUUAGAAAUUCAAAGUCUUCUGAAAAAUGAAACUUUUGAAGUCCAAGAAAACAGCUCCUCUCAUUUGGACAAGGAGAUUGAACCUUUCUUGCCUGGGAAAAAUAUCAGUUUGCUGAUGGAGUUCUUUCAAUAUAUGAUUAGAAAGCUUGACUCAGACUUGCAGAAUGAACACAAAACAUUUCCUCAGAAACUGAUAGAAACAGCAGGUCUGAAUAUUGAACUGGUAAGGAAGGCACUUGAAAUUUUCAAGUCUCCUACUUUUAUUGUCUUUCCAUUAAGAGAUGAAAAGGAGUUUCUAAAGCAUAUGGUUGCCUUGGUGCAAAACGUGAGAAAAAUGGAUGUUGAGUUUUUGAUAAGUAGAUUCAAACAGGUCCAGGAGAACCUAGAAAAUUUAUUUAAAAAUAUCAAAUAUUUUUCUCUUGCAAACUCUGAGUUAGGUACUUUAAUAGACUGGUGGGAUGCACUUGAGAACGUAUCAUGUUACUGGAACCUGACUGCUGUACACCAAAUAACACAGCUUUUUGAACAAGAUGAACUCUACAAUACUGAAGAUGUGUUCAACAUCCUCUUUGAUGUCAUCAGCCUUACAGAAAAAUUGGCUCACGGAAACGUUACAGAAGCACUAACUGAAAUAUAUGCUUUCAUAGUGACUCAGGAAGAAAAAAUGCCUCUGUUUACUGAUGAGGAGUUCUCAACCCAAGUAGAUGGUCUUCUAACAUUGCUGGAGACAUUGGCAGACAUCUCUGAUGAAUCUGGAGAGGCCUCUGUUUGUUUUUCUGCAGCAUUCUGCUGGACUCUCACAACAGCAGCACCUCAGAAUGAUCCCACUGUUAAACCUUGUGACUUUGUGCAUGCCAAUUCUACUCUUCAUUAUAAUGCAGUCAUUCAAAUCAUUAAGGAGCUUAAACUCAUCACUCUGGAUGACAGUUUCGCUUGCUUUAUGGAGGACAUUCAGAUGGAUAUCACUCGCAAUCUGACUUGUUUUUUUCAUCAGAUCAAAGAAUGGAACUCUAUAAUUUUGAAGUUUUCUGAGCUCCAUCAUACAAAUAGCUCAGUUCUCAAAGAGCUGCUAGAUUUUUGGAAUAAGCUAUCCCUUUAUGCUGUGCCACUGCAGGUGAAUAAUACGCAUGCAAUCAAUUGUUCCUCCACACCUAAGAGCCGAAUGGCUUUACAAAUCAUAGAAACUCUGGACAGCAUUUCGGCAUCAGACAUGGAGAUGGCCAAAAGUCUUCUUGAACAGCUGGAUAAUCUUUAUGGUGGCCUAACUUGGAACAGAGAGUCAAGAACAUCAUUUGAGAGUGUUCUUACUAAUGUUAAGGAUAUGACCAGUGAAGUUUCUAGACUCCUGAGUACGGAAGCCGUCCUAUCUUUUCUUUCUGUCAUUCAGCCUUUAAUGACACUGUCAUCUAUUGGAAACCAGACACACUCAAUGCUUAUGAAAAUAUCAGCUUUAAGUGGGAGUAUCAAUAUAGCUAACAACUUUGAGAAUUUAUGGUUUCCUGUAGUUGCAAGCAAAGAAAAUUUAUUGGUGAAUUUUAGUGUUAGACACUUACUUGUGGUGAUAGAUCAAGAGUUUCAAUUACUAAAGUUUGCCACUGGACAGUCCUCUUCAGUGGCUUCCGAUGUUUUACUAGAGCAGUUUAAGACAUCAUCUGUAGAUGCUAUAUCAAGAAAUUUUGAAGAUAUACAAGACAUUGUGAAGAGCAUUCUAUGUGACUGUAACAAUAAAAAUUAUUCUAAAAUAAUGCAUACUCUAAUUCUCCUUAUGACUAAUGAAAGUUCAUCAAAUGACCUACUGCUGGCUGUCAAAGAUGUUAUUGCCUUUCUGGAGCUAUUCCAAAAUAAGUCUAAGAAGGACUACACUGAAGAACCCACUGUCUUCAGCAACAUUUUCUGUGCCAUUAAAAAGUGUAAAGAUGGAUUAAUGAGUCACUUGCUCCUUGCUGUCUUUGAAGGGAUUGCUGUGGUUCAAGAUCAUUAUCAGGAUGUUAGAAGAAACUUGCCUGCUUUCAACAAGGGGGAUUGUGAGAGUAUGGCACAUAUAAACCAAAAACUUUCCAGUGUUUUGGAGAGCCUCAUGGGAGCCUUGCAGAAUACCAGCUCUGACAACUAUGUGAAAAUCAAAGAUUUUGUGCAGAAUAUCACUCAGUUAAGGCUGGACAUUGGUUCUUCUGUCAAUAUUUCUGAAGAAACUGUCAAUACCCUCUUAGAAGUCAGUGUCUCUUAUUCAGAGUUUCUUUACAGUGCUUUUGCAGUAGCUUUAACUGGAAGAUGUGAUGAAGAAGUACUUAGCCUGGUGCUAAAGCUGCCUGAAAAGAAUAGAACUUCCCUGGUAGUGGAAGAAUUAUGUUCUUUACCAGCUCUGGACUUUUAUACCAUGUUUGUAUUGAUUAUACAAAAUUUCAAUGUACGUCACAUCAUUUACAAGGUUCAGAUACCACCUGAGAUUGGCAAUAUAUUAAAUAUACUACUGGAUGUGGUUUCUAGUAUCAGUUCACUUCUCAAUAAGGUCCACCAUGUCAUGGAAAAGCUUCCAGUGUUCCUCCAAGGAAUUCAAAAUAGUGGUGUGCUUGACAUCUCUGCAUUGCAGCAGUUUUUGCAGGGUGGGCAGUUCAGAAGUUCAGCUGUUGGAUCCCUGGAGUCUGUAAUCAAGGCAGUAUGUAAAGAAGAAUCUUCAUUUUUCAGCAAUACAAACCUGUUCAUAGACAUGCCCAGAAUCAUGGAACUUUUGGAGGACAAUAUGGCAAAAUACGGCAUUCCUGAAGACUCAACUCCUUUUUGCUUGAAGCUUUAUCAGGAGAUUUUGCAGGCUCCUAAUGGGGCUUUGCUAUGGACUUUCCUGAAACCUCUAUUACAUGGGAAAAUACUGUACAAUUCAAAGAUCAGCAUGAUUGACCUGGUGAUGGAGAAGGCUAAUUUCACUUUUGUUUUUUUGGAAAACUUGAAGUCAUAUUCUGAGACAUGGCUUAGGAUGUCUGAGGUUUUUAAAACCAGUGGAAAUAAUCUCACAGUCUCACGACUGCAGGAAGUACUGCAAAACAAUUUUGUAAAGCAUUUCAUAGAAAGUAAUUUGGACAUCAACAUGGAAAAACUCCUUAAAAAAAUGCAAGCAUAUGAAACCAUGAUGAACCAUAUGCUUAACAGCUCAGCAAGUAAACAGAUUGACCUGUUGACACAGCUUGUUGUAAAUAUCUCUUCCUGUGUGCUGCUGGAUCGUUUCCAGCCUUUUGACUCUAUAGAGAAAUUGGAGGAGAAGGCUCAUGAACUCAUGCAGGAAAAUAAUCUUUUGGCUAGUAUCAUCUUCAAUACACCAGAGGACAAGAAACAAGAUUCUAGCAAUCUCCUUCCAAGACGCAUUUCAUAUACAAUUAGAACCAGUGUUCUCUACAGCAUGAGAACAGAUUUGAUAAAAAACCCAACAUGGAAAUCCCAUCCCCACAAAUUGCCAGCAGAUGGGUUUAAAUACAACCAUGUCUUCAUUCCUCUUCAAGACAUGAUUGAAGGGGCAAUUAUUUCAGCACAGACUGGGAUAAACACCUCAGAGAUAGCAAUUCAGGUGCAAGCCAUGCCUUACCCUUGUCAUACCAGUGAUUUAUUCUUGAACAACAUAGGAUUUUUUUUUCCACUUAUGAUGAUGUUAACAUGGGUGGUUUCAGUUGCUGCUAUGGUUCGCAAGCUGGUUUAUGAAAGAGAAAUUAAUCUUGAAGAGUAUAUGAAGACAAUGGGUGUGUAUCCAGUCAUUCAUUUAUUCGCUUGGUUUUUGGAGAAUGUCAUUGUGCUCACAGUAAGCAGUUGUGCUCUGGCCAUCAUUUUAAAAGCAAGUGGUAUCUUUGUCUAUAGCAAUGGCUUCCUUAUCUUUCUAUUUCUCCUGGAAUUUGGAGUUACAAUUAUCAUGUUAAGCUAUUUUUUGGGAGCAUUUUUCAGCAGUGCCAAUACAGCAGCUCUGUGUUCCAGCCUUGUCUAUAUGACCAGCUUUUUACCCUACAUAGUUUUGUUGGUCUUGCAGAACCAGAUGAGUUUCACCAACCAGAUUACAAUGUGUCUUCUUUCUACAACCGCCUUUGGGCAAGGAAUAUUUUUCAUUACAUAUUUUGAGGGCCAAGAAAUAGGAAUUCAGUGGGAUAAUGUACACCAGUCAAUGGCACAAGGAGGAUACAUGACUUUUGGAUGGAUGUGCUGGAUGAUGUUCUUUGACUCCAUUUUAUAUUUUGUAGGUGGCUGGUAUUUCAGCAAUAUUAUUCCUGGAAAAUUUGGAUUAAAGAACCAGUGGUACUUUCCCUUUACUGUUUCCUACUGGAAGAACCUGUGUGGUACAGAGAGAAGACAUUAUCUGAAUUCUAAUAUGUUUUUCUUCAAUGAAAACUUCCAAGAAAAAGGUUUAAAACCUCAAAGUUGGAAAGUCCCUUGCACUGAAGGAGGUACCAUUGGUGUCGUGCUACUGUCUCUUACCAAAGAGCACGUGGAUGGUCAGAAGGCUGCUGUUAAAGAUCUCAACCUCACUUUCCAUAAGGGCCAGAUAACAGCACUCUUGGGACCUAAUGGAGCUGGAAAGUCAACAGUUAUAUCCUUGUUGACUGGUCUGUAUCCACCGAGCUCUGGUACCAUUAUUGUUGAUGGGAAGGAUAUACGGACUGAGCUGGCUGCCAUCAGGACAGAGCUGGGUGUUUGCCUCCAGUAUGAUGUCCUGUUCAACACACUGACUGUGCGAGAACAUCUCCUGCUUUACGGGUCAGUGAAGGCACCUAGGUGGACAAAAGAACAGUUGAAUGGGCAUGUCAAUGGAGCUCUGGAAGAUGUGGGUUUAUCCCAACAUCAGUACGAACCUGUUGGAGCCCUUUCUGGGGGAAUGAAAAGGAGGCUGUCAGUUGCCAUUUCCUUUAUUGGAAACUCAAAGACCGUUGUCCUGGAUGAGCCCACCAGCGGAGUAGACCCAUGUUCUCGCCGUAGUAUCUGGGAUGUUCUUCUGAAGUACAAAGCUGGUUGCACACUCAUCUUUACCACUCACCAUCUUGAUGAGGCUGAGGUGCUCAGUGAUCACAUUGCCAUUCUGCAACGUGGUCAUCUGAGGUGCUGUGGCUCUCCCUCUUGUCUGAGGGAGACAUAUGGCCAGGGACACAGUCUAACAUUCAUAAAAAAGCCCUCUGUGUUUGAAAUCAAAGACGCUAAGCACACUGCACAGGUCACAUCUCUGGUACAGAACUAUAUUCCAGAAGCCUUCUUGAAAGAGAACAGUGGGACUGAGCUGACCUAUGUGAUCCCAGAAAGGGCAGAUAAGACUGCUUUUAAAGGUCUUUUUCAAGCUUUAGAUCAAAGCCUUCAGCAUCUACAUGUGACUGGCUAUGGUAUUUCUGACACAACCUUGGAAGAGGUUUUUCUGAAGCUCCUUCAGGACUCAGAGAAGAUGGCCUGUGUUCCACAGGCAGCACACCUGGACCAUACAAAUGCUGCUGAAUCAGUCUGUAUUUCACUUGCGGGAGUCUCGAGUGUGCGUGGAGCCCACCUUGUUCUCACACAGAUUGUUGCCCUUCUGAUGAAGAGGUUUCACCAUACAAGGCGAGACUGGAGAGGAAGCCUAUCAAAUGUGCUGCUGCCUGUCCUCUUUGUUGCACUAGCAAUGGCCUUGUUUAGUGUGAAGCCGCUGGCUCUUGAUUAUCCCUCUCUCAAGCUGACACCAAGACUUUACAACAAUGCAGAAUCCUUCUUUAGAAAGAAUAAUUCAUGCUGGCAGAUGGAAUCACCUCAAGAUUCAUGCAGAUGUGUGUCUGAACAGGAGAUAUGCCCAAGUUUUAAUACCUCUGCUCCCUAUGUAAAGAAUAAGAAAGGACAUAUUUUGUAUAAUCUUUCAGGGUUCCCUGUGGAAGAGUAUUUAGUGAGGUCUUCCAGCAAAACAAGAUAUGGUGGUUGGUCUUUUGGACGGAUGAAAGCAUUUCAACUUCCAGAUAAAAAAUUGAAUAACGCCAAAUCUCAGCCUCUGGCUAAGGUGUGGUAUAACCAAAAAGGUUUCCAUUCACUGCCAUCCUACUUAAAUGAACUCAAUAACUUAAUUCUGUGGCUGAAUUUACCUUCUAAUGUGGAUUGGAGACAGUAUGGGAUAACACUCUAUAGCCAACCAUAUGGAGGAGCCUUGUUGGAUGAGGAUAAAAUAAUGGAGAAUGUUCGUCAAUGUGGGGUAGCACUGUGUAUCAUGCUGGGUUUCUCUAUCCUUACUGCAUCCAUUGGAACUGCCAUAGUCAAAGACAGAGUAUCUGGGAUGAAACGCUUGCAACACAUCACAGGCCUUGGCUACAAAACUUACUGGCUUGCUAACUUCUGCUAUGAUAUGGUGUUUUACAUGACUCCAGUGACCCUGUGUGUUGGUAUUAUUAGUGUCUUCCAGCUAUCAGCCUUCACUUUCCAAAAGAACUUGGCAGCCACUGUUCUCCUGCUGAUACUCUAUGGAUAUGCAACUUUACCUUGGAUGUAUCUUGCAUCCAGAUUCUUCUCAAGUUCAGAUGUAGCUUUUAUUUCUUACAUCUCCUUAAAUUUUGUGUUUGGCCUGUGUACCAUGCUGGUGACUCUCUUACCUCGCUUGUUAGCUAUAAUUUCCAAAGUGCAGAGUUUUCAAAGCAUCUACAAUAUCCUCAAAUGGGCAUUCAUCAUAUUCCCACAAUUCUGCCUAGGCCAGGGUUUAAUAGAGCUUUCAUACAAUCAGAUCAAAUUUGACCUGACCAGGAACUUUGGAAUAGAUUCUUACGUGAGCCCCUUUGAGAUGGAUUUCCUGGGUUGGAUUUUUGUGGAAAUGUCCCUUCAGGGAACACUACUACUUCUUUUACGCCUUUUCCUUCAUUGGGAUCUCCUCUGGAAAACAAGAGGUCAUUGCUCAGUUAACAGCAUGGACGGAAUGGAGAGCCCUUCAGAAGAUGUUGAUGUAGAAAUGGAGCGACAGAGACUCUUCAGUGGAAAAACUGGAAAUGAUGUCCUACUUUUGUACAACCUCAGGAAGUGUUAUGGAGGUUUCAGUAAGAAGAACACAGCUGUGGAAAACAUAAGCUUGGGCAUAUCAAGGGGAGAGUGUUUUGGACUCCUGGGAACAAAUGGAGCUGGGAAAAGCACAACAUUUAAGAUGCUAACUGGAGAUAUAAUCCCAUCUGCAGGACGGGCUGUAAUCAGGACUCCUACUGGGUCUGAAAUUGAUAUACUCUCAGCUAGCUCUGAAAGUAUUAUUGGAUAUUGUCCACAGCAAGAUGCUCUGGAUGAACUUUUAACAGGCUGGGAGCAUCUUUAUUAUUACUGCACACUGCGUGGAAUUCCAAAGCAGGAUAUCCCACAGGUUGCAGAGGACCUUGUUAACCGGUUACACCUCAAUGCCCAUGCUGGCAAACUAGUGAGAACUUACAGUGCUGGCACAAAAAGGAAGCUCUCUACUGCUGUGGCUUUAGUUGGUAAACCCCAAAUACUUUUACUGGAUGAGCCCAGCUCUGGGAUGGAUCCCUGUUCUAAACGCUACCUUUGGAAAGCUAUCCUGAAGGAAGUUCAGGAUGGUUGUGCAGCUGUGCUGACAUCCCACAGUAUGGAAGAAUGUGAAGCUCUCUGCACAAGGCUUGCUAUUAUGGUCAAUGGAGCUUUCAAGUGUCUUGGCUCUCCCCAGCACAUUAAAAACAGGUUUGGAGAUGGUUAUUCUGUCAAGGUUUGGCUUAGCAAAGAAAUAAGUUAUGGGAGAAUGAUUUUGGACUGUCUACAACUGCAUUUCCCUGGAACACAGUUUAAGGGACAACAUCUUAACCUGCUCGAGUACCAUGUACCAAGAAGUCAGGGAUGUUUAGCAGAGCUAUUCAGAGUCCUAGAGAAUCACAAAGCUUUUCUCCAAACCAAACACUACUCCAUUAGCCAAUCCACGUUAGAGCAGGUAUUCAUUAACUUUGCGACACAGCAACAAGGAGUCUGGUGUUCUUCACAAGGAUCUUCUGUUGUCCAUCAUGAUCGUUUCCCAGUCUAGGCUCAGAACAGGAUACAGCUUCAACAUAACAUAUAUGUGUGUGUGUUUGCAUAUAUGUACACACAAGCUACAUGCAAUAACU